AUGGCUUCGCCGAUUUCGGGAUUCAUCGCCGAGGCGGUCCUGCAACGGUUAGAGUCGCUGGUCUUCCAACACCACAGACCGAAAUUCUGGGCCCGGUAUGUGGAUGAUACCUUCGUCGUCAUCGAACGGGAUCAGGUGUUGACAUUCCAAGAACAUCUCAACGCCGUCUUCCCGGACAUUCAAUUUACGAUGGAGGAGGAAGAGAACAACCAGCUGGCCUUCCUAGAUGUCCUCGUAUGCCGCAAGGAUUGUGGUGGACUAAAGACCAAAGUGUUCAGGAAAGCGACAAAUACGAUGCAAGUACUGAACUUCAACAGUAACCACCCAAUCAGCCACAAACGCAGUUGUGUAAGGACGCUCUAUCGGCGUGUCGAAACGCACUGCAGUGAGCCGGAAGACAAAAUUGCUGAACUACAAUACCUCCGACGGGUCUUCAAAGCCAAUGGCCACCCUCGCAACUUCGUCGACCGGUGCAUACGCAAAAGGGACGAAAGGCUUAACCGCACGGACACCAAGUCUUGGCGGGCACUUCCGUAUGUCAAGAACGUUUCGGAAGCUCUCGGCCGCCUUCUCGCACUUGGGGUUGGAGUGGCACACAGACCGGAGGCAAUCAUCAGGCGUCUGAUCAUGAAACCGAAAGACCCACUGCCACGACUAGAAACGUCUGGAGUCGUUUAUCGGAUCUGCUGCAGUUGCGGACAAAGCAACGACGUCGAAGAAACCGGAAGACAGCUCCGAACGAGAAUGGCCGAACACGUGGCAGCGGUGCGCAGAAAUGACGCAGGUUGUGGACCACACCCCUGGUCCACAACGUAUACGGACCAGGAUUUAAGAUAAAAAGAAAUAGCGGCAGUUUGGGCCCAAAAUGGCACGGCGUGAGCUUGCGUUUGGGCGUGCCGCCACGCACUUAGUUUUUGUAUUUGCCGUGGGUGAACAUUCCCAAUAACGCCUGCCCGGCCCCGGUGGUGGUGCGAGGCCUGUUUGAGGGACGCAAAAUACGUGCGUACAUACACACGGCAUGUAAUAAUUUAUCUACUCGGUUCCCUUUCAUUUCACUUUUUUGAGGGAUUUAAUCGUGAGUCUUUGUGAACUUUAUUUGCAACGUAAAAUUGGGGAUAGUGCCAUGUCAGUCAAAGUUACUACCGAUCCCACCAAAUAGACAUAAAGGGAAAAUUGGAGUGAAAGAGUCCUAGGCAGCGGUGUGUAUCAUACAGUGCAUCUUUGACGAUAACAGUGAGCCGUAGUUCAAAGUACAUCAACCUACUCCUGGAUUUAUUUGUUUUAAACCGUUCCGGCUAAGCUAUUUAAGGAGGGAGUUCGUAGGUCCGUAAGCUGUUACCGCCCCGUAGUGAUCGCGACCUGCUCGCAAAAACAUACGGUAACUUUAUUUCCAAAUGUAAAUUAGGACUUAUUAGGCUAAAAGUGAGCUUAAAACACUUAGUCCAAUGUAACAAAGCGAACAUAGUUGGAAUAUUACCAGCAUUAUCUAAAAAAAUUUGUCCUGAUUCUCACAAGUUAGUUUCACAGUUAAAAACAUUUGCAAGGCCGAAAUUUUGUAAUUUUUUGCUCAUGUGAGCAAUUUGUCAGCCAAACAUUUCUGUUAUUAUAAAUAUGUAUAGGGACAAUAUAGCUAAAGGACAUCUGGCGAGACUAUAGAGUCGACUCUACAGUCUAGUCAGAUGUCAUUUAGCUCGUAAUAAGUAAGUCAAACUAAUAUCCCGACAUUCUGCCAAAGAUUUACGGACUCAUUCCAAUAAUUCAUCUGACUGUGAAUUUGCCUUUGAAGGUAACAUACAUUCCACCACACUUUUAGCAUGCAGUAAAUUGUUUUGUGUAGUUUCUAAAUAAGUUGUCCUUAGUUACGUGAAAGACAAGAAAGCCGAUACAAUAGAGUCCAGACCCUUCCACUUGUCUAAGUGAGAUUAACGUCUUCGGCAAAGCACCCAUUAACUGUUUUAAAAGUUCUAUGACAAUACAGUACCCGAAUGGAACUUUCCAGUUAAGCUGUUAUUAAUGUUACCUAAAAAUGCUUAGUAUGCUGCAUAUUCCCCAAGUAUGUUAUGUUUCGUUGGGUUGUUAGAAAACCAAAGGCAUUGUUAAUUAUUUAGCUAUAAUAAACCAUUAGCUUAAUAAACAUAUUUAUUAAGCUACGUCGAGAUGUAUUGCGUUCCGACAUUAACUGUUUUAUUAAGAUGUACAUACAUACCUUACGCGAUUUAGGGUCUGAGCAUGACGGACGAUACGUUUUAUUCCUUCAUUUGUAAGGACAUUGAUGGGAACGUAACAGAUCUAAACCCCUACAGGUAUGAGUGUUUUCCUUACUUACUCGCAAAGGGGCAAAGUUUGUCUCGUAGUCAACGUUGCAACCUACUGACGUUUGACUGAUAUAAACUACAAACAAUUGCAAGAACUGUAUACCAAAUAUGCUAGCCAAGGUCUUGCGAUUUUGGCUUUCCCUUGCAAUCAGUUUGGAGCACAGGUAAGACGUAUCUGAUUUUCAAGCCCCGAAAGGAACCCGAAACCGAGAAUGUCAUUAAAAAGAACAUGCAGGAAAAAUACAAGGUCACAUUUGACAUGUUUAGUAAGUGCGAGGUCAACGGUAGCGACGCCCAUCCUCUCUUUACUUAUCUCAAAAAGUCGCUGGUGGACACAGAAAAGCCGUAAGUAAAUAUGAGAUUAGUAAUGAAUUUUUCCAUAAAUUGUGUAUGUUACUGUUAAGACGAGGAUUAAUGUAUGCUUUUUUAAGAUCUUACUUGAUGAAAUAGGUGCCUAUGAAGUUAGGGUUAUGGUAAUAUUUAACGGCGUUUCGAAAUAUGAUACUCAGACAUGUUUUGCAUUUCGUCCUAAAAGUGACAUCACAUGGAACUUUGCUAAGUUCCUAGUUGAUCGAAAGGGCAUGCCAUACAAACGCUAUCCUCCGGAUUUUGCUCCUCAGGUAAUCAUUACUUUUAAUAAAAUUCAAGUUGUGAUUGCAAAACUACACUUGCAUGUAUGCAGCUAUUGGCCUCUCAUUGCUUUGCAUAUAGUCUGGCUGCAUGAUAAUAAAUACCGAUAAAAGCAUGUGAGUUUCAUUAUCCUUCUUCUCCCUCCGUAGGACAUGGAGCCGGAUAUUCUGCAUCUUCUUUCUCGGUAA